AUGUGCAUCCGAGGGAUGCUGCGAGCCACCGUGCUCCUGCUUCUCAUCAGGACCUGGCUCUCGGAGGGUAACAGCGCCAGUCCCAUCCCGAAAUCCCGCUUCACGGGCGCCUCUACCGUGCCCAAACUCAAGAACGUGUUCGACUGCAAAAAUUGCGCAAACGAAUCCGUGGUUCACAAGAUUCUGGACAGGGUGCUGUCGGGAUACGAUGUCCGUCUGAGACCCAAUUUUGGAGGUGCCCCUUUGCCCGUGGGAAUAUCUAUGUACGUCUCCAGUAUUGAACAGAUCUCAGAAGCGACAAUGGACUAUACCAUCACGAUGUUUUUUUAUCAGACCUGGAAAGAUCCACGUUUAGCAUACCAUGAGACCGACCAGAACCUGACUCUCGACUAUCGCCUCUUGGAGAAGUUGUGGGUCCCCGACUGCUACUUUCUAAAUAGCAAGGAUAGUUUUGUGCACGACAUGACUGUGGAGAAUCGCAUGUUUCAGCUUCAUCCAGAUGGGACGGUGCGGUAUGGCAUCCGACUCACCACCACGGCGGCUUGUUUUAUGAAUCUGGAAAAAUUCCCUAUGGACAAGCAUACCUGCAAGUUGGAGGUGGAGAGCUAUGGCUACACGGUCGACGACAUCGUGUUGUACUGGGAAGGCCAUGAGAACGCCAUCCAGGGGACCGAGGACCUACAUAUCCCUCAGUUCAGCUUCCUGGGGAAGACGAUGUCUAACAAGCAGGUGCUUUUCUACACAGGUUCCUACGAGCGCCUGACACUGAAGUUCCUGGUCCAGAGGGACAUUUUCAGCUACCUCGUGCAGGUCUACUGGCCCACUGUCCUCACCACUGCUGCCUCUUGGGUAUCAUUUUGGAUGAACUAUGAAUGCCCUGUAGCCAGGGUGACAGUCGGUCUGACUUCAAUGCUCAUCCUGAACACCAUCAACUCACAUCUGCAGAAUAAACUGCCCCAGUUUUCCUGCAUCAAAGCCAUCGACAUCUACAUGGUCGUAUGCUUCUUCUUCGUGUUCCUGUCCUUGCUGGAAUACGUCUACAUCAACUAUGUCUUCUACGGCCGCAGAGGGUCCCGGCGCCUUUACAAGCAGCGCAGGAGAGCCCGAAGAAUCAUGGCCCGCUAUCGCUACCGGGGGGCGGGGCCGAAGAAUGACCAGGUUACCAUCGAACACGAAAGCAGCUCUUCUCACUCCGGACCGGUGCGGGCCCGCCUGGCGAGCCCAGAAAACCUCAGCUCUCUGAGCUCCAUCUCCAAGCGGGCCCCGCUGGCCUCCUCGGAAAGCUUCAGCUCGCUGUCUUCUACCUCGCGCCGGUGCCGGCUGGCCACCCAAGAAAGCCUGAAUGAUCUGUCCUCCAGCUCAGACCAGUGCGUGCCUCAGUGUGAUAUUUACGACAGCGACGUCGAUGACAGUAGCGAAGUUCGUCCCGUUAACGUCUUCAGGCGUGCCGAAGAACGCGGCCGUGCCGGGACCCGUGACGCAGACGACCCUAGAGAGAGCAUCAGCUUGGAUAAGACCCACGACCGCAAUUGGAGGCAUCUGUUCGACCGCCGCCAGAAGUCUGCCGCGCGUAAAACGAUCAGUGGCCCUAAGAAGCUUGAUGACGUCUUUAACAUAUCGAGAAGAGUCAACGUUAAGCGCGACCACCCUGACGUUGAGAAGAAUCUCCAUCGCGACGAUGAUGGCGAUGACAGCAGCUGGGAGCGUGAUAGUUUCAGGGCCUUUGAUGAAGAGAAGGAUAGCGAUUUCGGUUCUGAUGAUAGCUCUCCCCCAAGCCCUGGGCAGUCCUGUGGCAGGAGGCUUGUGCACAAGAUCUUUCGCCCUCGCUACAUCCCUAAUAUCGACAGGUGGUGCCAGGUCCUGUUCCCUCUGGCCUUUGUGCUGUUCAACAUUGUUUACUGGGGGAAGAAUGUCAUUUAG